AUGCCAGGCCAUGGGGAGGAUGGGGCCGUGCAUGUUGAGAUCUGCUCCUCUGCCUGGAAAGAAGGCGGGCUAGAUGUGAUCCAGAGGAGACGACCCAGAAGCCCCGGCUGUAGAGUGUGGCCAGCUGCUGCCAGAGCAAUGCGAACCAACCAACUCGUGAAAUAUAUCUUGUUUAUUUCUUGUUACCUCUUCUGGGUGGCCAGUGGUCUAAUGAUAGCCGUGGGUCUAUAUGCAAAGCUCUCCAAAGAAUCAGGUGCCGUGGAUUCCCUCCUGGCAGAGCCCUCUCUCAUUGUAAUCAUUGUAGGGGCUCUCACAUUCACUGUCACCUUUGUGGGUUGCACUGGUGCCCUGAGGGAUAUGCCCUUGCUGCUGAAAAUGUUUGCUGUGAUGCUGCUGCUCAUCUUCAUGCUCCAGAUUGUGGCUGUGGGAGUGGCCUUUCUCUUCUCUGGCCAGCGGCAGGUGAUGGACAAGGCUGCAUUUCUCAUGGGAAAAGCCAUAGCCAGCUACCGGGAUGACCUGGAUUUACAAAAUCUCAUUGACUACAUACAGAAAAAGUUUGAGUGCUGUGGGGUGCGUUCCUACAAAGACUGGUCCCACAAUGAAUAUUUUGACUGCAGCAUCUCCAAUCCAAGCCUGGAACGUUGUGCUGUCCCUUUCUCUUGCUGUGUCCCUGAGGAGGAACAGAAUGUUCUUAACACCAUGUGUGGCUAUGAGACCCAGAAUCUGAAAGCCUGGAAGGCAGAAAGGUUGAUCCACACAGGAGGUUGUUUGGAAAAGAUAGUCACCUGGGGACGAAGUAACCUAUAUCUGAUUGCUGGACUGGCCCUGGGCCUUUUGGCAAUGGAGGUUAUUGUCUUCUCUUUGGCUGUGACACUAAUUUACCAGAUCAGCUUCAUAAUUCAGAAGAGAACCAACACAAAGAGAAAGUCCUAA